AUUUUGAUCAGAACUGGCGAAGAUUGUCGACAUCUAUUAAUUACGAAGUCGGAAUACUUGAUCAUCAUAAACAUAAGGAUAUGAUUUCCUUUUUAUAGAAUUAAGAAUUUAAUACCGAAAUUGUGGGUUUUAAUUAAUUUAAAUAAAUAAAGUGAACAUGGUAUUCUAUGUAUCUAAUAAUAGCAAAUUGGUGAUGAUCAAUAAGAUGUCUAACAUUCAAUUCCAGAUUUAGACAAUGUGAACAUAAAAUUAGGAGAUGAUGAAAAGAAAGUUAAUCAAAUGUCUUCAAAUACUGUCUCUUAAGUUCAAUAACCUCAACAAGUAGCAAUACCAAUAGUUGAAAUGCCACCAAAAACUGCAGAUCCAUAAUUCCUUUCAUAAUUGUUUCAUUGUUUAUUUAAGGGUCUAGCAAUGUUUGCGUAAGAUAAGCAUAAAGAAUAGAUUUUUCAUUCCAGAAGGGUUACUAAAUCUAACAUAUUGUUUCAUCAUAGUAGUGAUUUUAUCAGCAAUUGAUUUUUGGACAGUCAAGAAUAUAACAGGAAGGUAGAACAAUAAAAUUAUUUUAGAAAAUUGGUUGGAUUAAGAUGGUGGUCUGAAGUAAAGGAUGAUGGAUCUGAAGAAUGGAUAUAUGAAUCUUAAGUAGCUAAUUUUGUUCCUAAUCCAUUCAAUUCAAAUAUCUUUUGGUUUGCCUAAUUUGGAGUUGUAAUAACUUGGGGAAUUUUGAUCUUAUUAGAUUUAAUCGGUUUAAGAUGGUUUAAUGUAAAAUUUAAACUUUAAUCUAGGCUGUCUUAGCAAUGACCGCCUUUUGUUUAACAGGCAUUAAUUUUUUAUAGUUCUAUAAAUGUAGAGGAGAACACUAAAAGAAAGCCAAAGAAUAUAUGACUAAAAUUGGCUUAAAAGCUAUAUAAUAAUGGUGAUAUAAUUAUCAUAAUGAAUACU